AGCAGCUGCAGCCGCAGGUGGGGCCGGGCCGUGCCGGGCCGGGCCGGGCGUCGGAGUCGGGGUCCGGCGGCGGCGGGAGGAUGAUGGCCAUAGAGGACUCGGGGCAGGUGCGCUACUGCGCACGCUUCUCCUACCUGUGCCUCAAGUUCUCGCUCAUCGUCUACUCCUUGUUCUUCUGGUUUAUAGGUGCCUUAAUCCUCUCUGUGGGGAUCUAUGCAGAAGUGGAGCGCCAGAAAUACAAAACCCUCGAAAGUGCCUUCCUGGCACCCGCCAUCAUCCUUAUCCUCCUCGGGGUCAUCAUGUUCAUCGUCUCCUUCGUGGGGGUCUUGGCUUCCCUCCGGGAUAACUUCUGUCUCCUCCAAGCGUUCAUGUACAUCCUGGGGAUGUGCCUCAUCAUCGAGCUCGUCGGGGGCGUGGUGGCCUUAACCUUCAGGAACCAGACAAUUGAGUUUCUGAAUGACAACAUCCGCAGAGGAAUCAAGAACUACUACGACGACCUGGACUUCAAGAACAUCAUGGACUUCGUCCAGGAGCAGUUUAAGUGCUGCGGUGGGGAAGACUACAGGGACUGGGCCACGAACCAGUACCAUGACUGCAGCGCGCCCGGACCCUUGGCGUGUGGGGUGCCUUACACCUGCUGCUUCAGAAAUACGUCUGAUGUCAUCAACACCAUGUGUGGCUACAAAACCAUCGACCAGGAGCGCCUGAGCGUCGUGGACGUCAUCUACGUCCGCGGCUGCACCAACGCCGUGAUCAUCUGGUUCGUGGACAACUACACCAUCAUGGCUGCCGUCCUGCUGGGCAUCCUGCUGCCCCAGUUCCUGGGCGUGCUCCUCACUCUUCUCUACAUCACGAGGGUGGAAGACAUCAUAUCUGAGUACUCGGUCACCGAUGGCCUCCUCGGCAGGGAGAAGUCAGACUUGGAGUUUUCAGGAGGAGGCUGCUGCAUGUGCUAUCCUGGGGAGCAUCCUCAGGGCCCGUGACGGGCGCUUCCACCAGACCACCCGGGAGGAGGGGGAGGGGCAGGGAAGCUGGGCCGUCCCUCCUUCCACAGAUGAUGCCAGCCCUUGCCUCCAGCUC